CCAAGUCACCGGGGUGGCUCCAUUCGUCGUCCGUUGGUCCGAGCGUUCGGUUCGGACUCAGUUUUUGUUGUGUUGAGCAUUUUCCACGCGUGAGUGUGUCUUUUUUUUGUACCAAAACCCCUUUUUUAAUUGUGAGUGACCAGUGCUUGGGUGAUUUGUUGUGGCGUGCUUGGAUCGUUGUCCGGGAGAACAAAAAGUGUCACAUGCAGUGGAUGAUGCAACUCCAAACUCCCAACGCCUACUGAUGUGAUGUUCCGCUUUCUAUAUUAAGUUACGAAGUGUUCUAGUGUGGAGAGGAAAGGUUCUAACUCCAGCAAGAAUGGUGGUCAGUACGAGUACCCCUCUGGGGGGAUUAGCAAACGGUGCGGGUCAGGGGAUGGGUACAAUACUACGCACCUACAAACCACGCACACCGCGCGGUUCAGUGUCAAAGUUCCCCAGCGUUGGCAAGCUGUCCGUAAUCAGUGCCGACAUCAACUACGAAUCCUUCCAACCGGCCCAAAGUGAUGGUAACAAUAAUCGUGUGCAAAAGGUGCUAGAGUAUGGUGGUGAGAGCGAUGUGCCGAGUUCCAAGUGGCCCGAUGCUACCGGCGAUGGUGAGGGUGGGAAAAGUGCGUACCGAUUUACCGAACCGGGUGGGGUGCGUACGGUGAGUGAGCGGGUUGAAGGGUCCUGUUCCGGGUCAUCGUCGGCGGGUGUGAUUAUCGGUAAACCGGUCAAUCUGAUGCUGUCGAAGAUGUCGCUGCUGUGGAAUACGAGCGGCUGGUUGCGCGUGUACUGUGGACCGGAUCGGAGCGAAAUCAGUGCGGAGGAUCGCAGCCGGAUGAUACACGUCGUCACGACCGCCACGACACUGGACGUGGUGAAAGAUAUGAACCUGCCGGGGGACUACACACUGUGGGUCCAGAUCGGUGGCGGACGUACGCGACGGUUGGAGGAAAACGAGUAUCCACUGCUGGUGCAGGAGGAAUUCUUGAAGUCGCUCGGGUACUUCGACGAAUCGCGCCGGGCCCGGCUCGGUAUCGAUCCGGAGCUAAAGUACCUGAUCCGGUUCCAUAUCGGCCCGGCCGAGAUACCGAUGUGCAAGGGUGUGCUGCGUUCCGGCUCAGUUGAGGUACUGAAAGGUUUAAUGUUUCCCCAGUGGCGUCGCCGUCAUCUGGCGAUCGUUGGUAGCAAACUGAUCCUGUAUGCUGGUAGUGCCGCCUUCCCACCGGAAGUGUACGAACUGGCUGGGGCGAACGUAUUCGAGCAUGCGCCCUGUGACAAUCGGCUCGUAAUCAAGAUCGUACCGAAGUGUGGCAGUACGUCCAGUGCACGGGACAGUCUGGAUCGGGAGUCGUCGAUUGCGAGCGUUGAAUUUAUCGAUUGUUCCGGUACAGUCGGUGUGUAUCCCGGAUCGACGAUGACGGGCGGAUCUAGUCUGGCGUCGGCCGAUCGUGACGCCGUAGUGUUCCUCGGCUUCCGCGAGUCUUGGGAGCGUGACCAGUGGAGCGUCUGGUUGACGGUGGAUGAACCGGAUCGUAGCACCAACCAACGACUGGAUCUGGACGACUCGGGUCUCCAGCAGAUCCCGGACGUGUUUCUACAGGCACCGACCUCCGUCGAGGAGCUACUGGCCGGGCGCAACAAGCUGCAGGAGAUUGCACUGCGAGCGCUCGGUCAGUUCACGUACCUGAAGGUGUUGCGUUUGAACGGCAACGCGCUGAAAGAGUUCCCAGACAGCCUAUACCAGCUGCGUAACCUGCGGCUGCUCGAUCUGAGUGAGAAUGAAAUACGCAAGCUGCCGGAUAGUAUCAGUGCACUGAAGAGCUUGGAAGAGUUCACAAUCGAAAGGAAUGAGCUGCGCGAGCUACCGGACAGCCUGAAGGGACUAGCGAGCUUAAGGAUCUUGAAUGCGGCCUACAACCAGCUGGAGCAGCUACCAGCGUUCAUGGUGAACAAUAUGCGCUCGAUGACAUUGUUUCAACGGAACGACUCACUCCGCAAUGGGCAUCUACAGCAUCAAACGCAGCAACGGGAAGCGCCCCAGAAGAGCGAGGAGAAGACGGACAUACCGCUGACGAAGGUGAAUCUGCGUGGAAAUCAACUGAAAGGCAGUAUCAUUCUUGGGAAUUAUGGACUUCUUACACAGCUGGAUGUGAGUGAAAAUUUGAUCGAAGUGAUGGAUCUUUCAGCACUGGAUAAGCUGGAGACGAUCCAGUGCUGCAGAAACAGUUUGCGUGAGCUGACGUUAAGCGGACGGAAUCUUCACUCCUUAAUUGCGGGCAAUAACAAUCUAACAAAAAUAUCCGUCCGAGCAACUCCGACCAACCUGAAGCACAUGGACCUAAGCUUCAACAGUCUGCAGGAGCUGCCCGACUGGCUCGUCGGCUGCCAUCAGCUGCGGACACUGUACGCAAACAACAACCAGAUCCACACGAUCUCGGAACAUCUGCUGAACAACGAGCAUGCCACCAUCCAAACACUACACCUUGCGUACAACCGGCUAACCAGCUUCCCGCCCAUGGUGAAGCGCAAACUCCCUCUUCAGAAGCUCUACCUGCAGUGCAACCUUAUUGAGGACCUGCCGGAGAACUUUUUCAUUGCCUGCGAACGGCUCACUAUACUGAACGUGUCCAGCAACAAGCUGAUGACGCUGCCAAUCAUUUUCGGCUCGAGCUGCAGCCUGGAGCGACUGUACGCCACCAACAACGCCCUCACCGAUCGGGUGCUGGACUCGCUGAUCUGUUUACCCCGUCUGCGGGUGCUUCAUCUCGGCUACAAUCUCCUCACCACCAUGCCCGAAACGUGCAUCAGUUGCUGGGGUGAUCUGGAGGAGCUGGUGAUCUCGGGCAACAAGCUGCGCCAUCUGCCGGAAAAUCUGGCAAACAUGGCAAAUUUGCGUGUACUACGUGUACACUCGAACCAACUGCAAUCGGUGCCGAGUUUGGGGCGUACGAUAACGCUACGCGUGCUGGAUCUGGCACACAACCAGCUGGAUAAGGUAAACAUCACGGCACUGGUGCCGAGAAACCUCCAAUUCUUGGACCUCUCUGGCAACAGACAGCUGCAAGUCGAUGCACAGCAGCUUCAGGCGUGCCGAACUCAACGACCCAUGGCACUGGUGGACGUGUCGGGCAAGAAUCGUCCAUCACUCCCAACGGCUCCACUACCCUACCAAGAGCACGAAGAUUACGAACCCUGCUGGAAGGUUGGCUUCGCAGAAACGAGUGGCUGUCUGCCGAAGCUCUGUAUCGCACAACUCCGUCUGCCAGCGUUUUGCAACUCCGAAGGUCUGUUUGGACUGUUCGAUGGUGAAACGGGCAAUGGUGUGCCGAACCUGCUGGUAAAGGCGAUCCCCAAGAUCCUGCUCGAAGAGCGCACGGUAAAGGAAACGGCAAACGAUUACAUGAAGUACACACUGCUCUCCGCCCAUCGCGAACUGAAGCAGCGCGGACAACAGGAAGCCGUAAACGUAACACUCUGUCACAUUGCCCGCAGCCGGUUGCCCACAGAAGCGAUGAGCUACCUGCCGCAAACGGUAGCAAGUGGACGUAAGUUUAUCCUGCGUGUCGCAACCGUGGGAGAAAGCUCGGCCGUCCUGAUCAAGCACAACCGCUGUGUGCUGCUGAACAAGGGCAGUCCGGCACGGAAGCUGGGACUGAGUGCAAACUUCCCGGUGACGGUACCCGAUCCGGAGGUGCAGGAGGUUGUGCUGACCGAUGCGGACGAGUAUCUGGUGCUGGGCAAUCGGAAGCUGUGGGAAGUCAUCACAAUGGAAACGGUGGCGGAAGAGAUAAGGAAGGAGGAGAACAUACUGCUGGCGGCGAAGCGGGUUCAGGACAUUGCCCAGAGCUAUGGAGCGGAGGAGAAUCUAAGUGUGAUGAUCGUACGGUUCAACAAUCUCGGCACGGAUGUGGACUUUCUGAUGCGUGAGCUGCGCCAGACGAUUCGCAAGAAGCCGACCCUUAUCCAGGGUGGCACGGGUGUAAUAUCGGGGUUCUGUAAGUGUGGCUGCUGUUGCGAGACGAAUAAUAGUUGCUGUCAUUCGGCGGCCGCAGUUCAGUUUGUGCGACAUCCUUCCGGGCGCAGCGACCGAUCGUCGCCCAGCGGGCAGAGCGAUCAGACGAGUGGCAGUGAAACGGUCGCACUGCAUGGGCUGCCCCGCUCGAAGGUGUCCGAUGUGUCGUCGGUGGUGAGUCGACGGCCUACUGCUACGUAUUUGGCGAACGAACGGCGCAGCUUGCGGGGCGGGGUGGUACGUGCUGUAAGGGCGAAGAUUGAGGAGGAAAAGGAACGGGAAGGAAUGGACGAGUCCGAUUCGGCCAUGUCGGAGGAGCAGUUCAAGUGCUGGGAGUACAUGCUGGAGCAGAACACACAGCUGCUGUUCGAUAAGGAGCUUAACACCAUCUCCCGCGGGUUUGUUGGCAAACGGACGGGUGUGACGGCGACAAAUGGAACCUCCGAAUCGGGCACGAACUCUUCCGGUUCUUCUGGAUCGUCCGGUGCGAGCAAUCUUACCAAGCUGCAGCUAAAAAACCUCUCGACAAGCUCCCCGCAGCUCGCACAGCUGGAGAGUGACAGUGGACUUAACUCUUCGCUGGCCAGCGGGUACAGUGGCACGAUGAUGACAACGGCCCGUGCGACACCGUUUCUGUCGAAGCAAUUCGGCUCGACCCGUUCCUUCCAUCCGGCCUCGUCCCAAAGCUACUUUAAACCGAUUCAGUAUAGUACACCCGCGACCCGACCGCGCCCUAUUAAUACAGGCCCAAACGCAGCUUACUUCGGGUCGUUGCAGCGACUCAUGCCCUACAAUCUGGAGUUUGACGGGACAACGGUGCAGGACCGGUACGGUUCGAACGGGAACGUGCUCGAGCGAGACAGCACACUGGAGCUGGACACGAUUGACCCGGACGGUGGCCGGAUGCGACAGUACUGGGGAGUUGCUACGACGGAACUGUAAAGCUGUGGACGCUGUUCUUUUCGGACGCUGCCAGGGGUUGUCGCGCAAAGCGCAAACGCAAACGGGAAACGGUGUCAAUCCGCAAACCCUUCCUGUGUGUUUGCGGUGUCUGUAUUUUCGUUCACGAUCGAUCCUUUUGUUUUGUUUAUAGCAAUAAAUUAAAUAAAUAUGUACACAUUU